AUGAACUUACUCAGGGGCUUUCUGGAUAACGCACCGGCUCCUCCGGCCACGUCGUCGCCGAGUGGCUUCCUCUUCAAGGGUCCAGGAAUGCCGUCGAAGCUUUUCUACCCCAUCCCCAGCAAGACGUCGCCAAGUGGAAUCGAGGCCCACUUCCGCGUCGAGAUUUGCAAGGUUGGUUACAAGUUUGAUGCAAUUUGCGUCUUCCUGGCUCAAGCCACCGCACAGCGCCUCGUGUGCAAAACGCGAGCUUUCUUGGCUGCACAGAAGAGGACAGGCGAAGAUGCCGAGCGAGAAGCCCGAGAUCCCUUGGGUCGGCAUCGCUGGGUCUGUCUUCAGAACCUUCAGACAGCCGCUCUCAACGGCAAGUACGCGGAGAUUGUUGUUCCAGCCAACGCAGACGGCCGUUUCGGUGUCCGCGUGCAGGGAGAGCCAGUCCCAAAGCUCAUCAAGAAAGAGAACCUGAAGCCGAUUGAUGAUGCGGAAACGCUGCAGGUGUGUCGCAUUGCAGCCAAAGGUGAAUCACAGUUUGUUGGUGGCUACAUUCAGAACACACGCUGGCCACGUGCGGUUCUGAGCAGCAUGCCGGGGACGGUUUCUCCGAUUUCGGUCAAACUUGGCUUUCCGCUGCAUGUAACUCGGGUCCAGGCUCGUUCCAAGCUCUCAGACCGAGCGGAAUUUGACAAUCAGUGGGCUACGUACAUGCUCAUCGAUCCCAGGUCAGGGUUUGCACCAGAUGAGUGGCAGUCCUUUGUGGGACCCGUAGUGGUGUGGAGGCCAGAAGGAGAUGUUUCUGCGGAUGAUGUGUCUCUUCUGAACGACUUCGUGUCAGACCUCCUGAACGGUCCGUACUGCGAGGGCACUCUCGAGCCGGAUCGCGAUCUCACGCCUGCCGCAUGGGCUCGUCAUCGCGAGCGUACUUUGGAGAACUUGCGGUUGAAUCCACGCAUGGAGCAAUACGAAGACCUGCACAUCUGCGGGCAUGUUCCAGUCGCAGGCGUGAGCAAAGCUGGUGGCAUCAGUGGCCAAAGCAAAUCUGCGGGGCCGCCGCCACCUGCGUCUGCGAACAUGACUAAGGCGGGUGCGCCGCCUCCACCGCCCCAGGCGCCACAGCAGCAGCAGCAGCUGCAACAACAGCAGCUGGCAGCGCAGCAGCUGCAGCAGCAGCAGCUACAACAAGCUUAUGCCCAGCAGGAGCAGCAGGCCCAGGCUGCCGCGAUGGCGGCCGGGGGUUUGCUUUUCGGCGGCCUAGGUAUGGUGAACCCCAUGAGCAUGAUGGGCGUGCCCAUGGCUGGCUACGGGAUCCCCGGCAUGGACAUGUCCACGAUGAUGGCAAGUGCCGUGCAACAGCAGCAAGCCCAGACAGCACCUGAGGCGAAGGCCGCAGCGCAGAAAGCGGCUGCCGGCAAUGCACAGACAAAGGCGUCACAGCCAGGACCUCCGGCGCCCGUGGCACAGGCUGCGCAAGCAGCCCCUGCUGCCGCAAAGGUGCCAGCGGCAGAGGACGAUGGCGAGGCGCCAUGGAAGAAGUCUCGAAGGGCAAGGGCCCGAGACACAGACAAGGAGAAGGAAAAUGGGCAGGAGCUCCCGAAGGACCUAAAUGGCGAUGCUCACGAGCCCAAGGAUCCCAACAGACACGCGAAGCCCUCCGAAGACGAAAAAGAGAAGGAGGAUGAGAAAGCCAAGAAGGACAGUAGUGACGACGAGAAGGAAGACGAGAAGAAAAAGGAGGAGGAGAAGAAGGCGUCCUCGGAUAGCGAUGCCGAAGAUGCCAAGAAGCCAGACAAGGACAGCUCUGACAGCGACAAAGAAAAGGAGGACAAGAAGAGUGAGAAGUCUAAGUCCUCCACCCCGCCGCGGAAGAAGGCAGACCGGGGGCGAUCCAAAAGCAAGAAGCGCAAGCGCAAGUCGUCGUCCGAUAGCUCUGACAGCGGCAAGAAGAAGGCGGCUCAGAAAGCCAAGGAUAGCAGUGACGAUGAGAAGGAGGAGGAGAAGAAGGCGUCCUCCGACAGUGAUGCCGAGAAGGAGAAGAAGAAGGACAGCUCCGACAGCGACAAGGAAAAAGACGACAAAAAGAGCGAGAAGUCCCCAUCUGCCUCGCCCGCGAAGAAGUCCGACCGGGACCGAUCUAAGAGCAAGAAGCGCCAACGCAAGUCGUCAUCUGACAGCUCCGCACCUGCAAAGCCGGCAGAAGCUGAGCAAGAGGCAGAGGAGGAGAAGAAGGAGGAUCCUGCGAAAUCGGAUGAUGAGGAGGAGGCGAAGACCAGCGUAGCUGCAGGGUCCGAGCCGGAAGAAGAGGAGGAGGAGCCGGAGAAGAAGGCCGAGACCGAGACUGCCGCCGAGCCGGAAGAAGAGAAGAAGGCAGAAGAGGCAGAGGUGGCAGAGGAGGAUCCACCCAUGGAGAAGACGGAUGUGGAGGAGGACGACGAAGAGGAGGAGGAGGACUAUGACGGUGUCAAGUUCUCUCUGCUUUUCGCUAGCCAGGCGUUGGCAGGUGGCGAAAUUCGAAGGUUCACGUUUGUACGCGCAGAGAAGCGAGAGUCAGAGGAGGGCAAGAAGGACGAGGACGCGGAGAGCGAGACAGAGAAGGAGGAGGAGAAGGACGACGAGGACGAGAACGAAGACAACGAGGAGAAGGCAGAGGCAGAGGAAAAGGAAGACGAGAAGGAGGAGGACAAGGAGGAGAAAGAUGAGGAGGAGAAGGAGGAAGAGGAAGACAAGGAUAGCGAUGAUGAGAACAAGAACAAGGAGGAUGAGAAAGAGAAGAAGGGAAGCAGUGACGACGAGAAGGAGGAGGAGGAGAAGAAGGAGGAGGAAGACAGCGACGCCGAGAAAGCCGCGAAGAAGUCAGACAAGGACAGCUCUGAUGAAAAGGAGAACGAAGACAAGAAGAGUGAAAAGUCCAAAUCCAAGUCUGCUUCCCCGCCGCCGAAGAAGGCAGAGAGGGGGCGAUCAAAGAGCAAGAAGCGUAAGCGGAAAGCUGCGUCGGAUAGCUCCGCAGAGUCUGGCAAAAAGAAAAAGAAGAAGUCGAAAUCUAAGUCGGCCUCGAAGUCCAGAAGUCGGACUCGAAAAAAGAAGCGGGAGAAGUCGAAUAGCUCCGACGAGAAGAGUCGGCGGAAGAAGCGAGAGAAGUCAGACAGCUCCGACGCCUCAAAAAGGAAGAAGAGCCGCAGCAAAAAGAAGAGCCACUCGCGAAGCAAGCGAAGGAAAUCCAGGGGCCGGCGCGACCGCCGCGGCCAUAGCCGCAGCAGACGGCGCCGUCGUUCGAGCAGCUAA